AUGUCGGGGACAACUAUUGACGAUGUCGUAAAACGACUGAGUAGCGCAGACAUUGAAGCUGCCACGACCCUGCGCGACAGCUUGGAGCACUACACGAAUGGCCCCAUCUACGCCCCAUUCCUCAAGAAGUUGAUGCCCAUCUUCGUAGGCAUCCUGAACGGACCAUGCACAUUUCAGAGUAACUCUAUGGAGCAGAGGCUCCGACACUGUAUCCUAGAGGUUCUGCAUCGUUUGCCCACAUCCACCUCUCCCAUCGAACCGUUCGAACCGUUUGCGCCCGAGACAGUCGACUUGCUGAUACAGCUUGUCCGCAACGACAAUGAAGAGAACGCGACACUGGCUAUCAAGGUCGUCUCCGACAUAAUGCGACACCAGCCGAAGGCGCUGAAGGACCAUAUCCAAAAAUUCCUGAACCUCAUCCUGGAGCUGUUUGAGCAGAUGGGGAACAUUGUCAAGGAACAGCUCGACAACCCGUCCGGCGGCGUGAACCCCCAGACCGGUGCACCCUCGACGCCGGGAAGCUCGCAGAUCAACUUUCAAUCACCGCGACCAGGCUCACCCCCGGCGGCUGUUGCCGAGCUUGGAGCCGACCCUCAGCAGCAAAACCGCCCGUUGCUCAAAGGCAUGAGGUCCUUCAAGGUCAUUUCCGAAUGCCCCAUUAUCGUCGUCUCGCUAUUUCAGGUAUAUCGAGCCGCCGUGGCCCAGAACGUGAAACUGUUCGUUCCGCACAUGAAGAAUGUGCUGUCGGUCCAGGCCGCUGCCCAGCAACAGGCUCAUGCUGAUGCGGCCGCCAAGAACCAAGUUCACAUUGGCGUGGCUGCUGGCAUCAAGAACAGGGCAGCCUUUGGGGAGAUGGUCACUGCUCAGGUCAAGACGCUUAGUUUCCUGGCUUACCUGUUGAGGCAGUACUCCAAGGAGGUGCAAGACUUUCUCCCUACACUGUCCAGUAUUGUCAUCCGACUCCUCAGGGAUUGCCCGAGGGAGAAGUCGGGGACCCGCAAGGAACUCCUGGUAGCCAUCCGUCAUAUCAUCAACUACAACUUCAGGACAGUCUUCAUUCCCAAGAUUGACGAGUUGCUCGAUGAGCGUACCUUGACAGGCGACGGCUUGACGGUCCACGAGACGAUGAGACCUGUAGCCUAUAGUAUGGUCGCAGACCUGAUCCACCACGUGCGAGACUCCUUGACCCCUGCGCAGAUCCGGAAGACGGUUGAGGUCUACACCAGGAACCUCCAGGACAACUUCCCGGGGACCAGUUUCCAGACCAUGAGCGCCAAGCUCCUGCUAAACAUGGCCGAGUGUAUCGCCAAGAUGCCCAACAAAGCGGAUGCCAGGCACUACCUCCUCAUGAUUCUGAACGCCAUUGGCGACAAGUUCGCUGGCAUGAACCGCCAGUACCCCAACGCUGUCAAGUUGUCCAAGAUUUACCAAGAGCAAGCAGAGUCGGGUGCCACGGAUACUUAUUUGGCCGACAAGGAGAAGGUGCCGGACUGGGAUGAGACCGACAUCUUCAACGCCAUGCCUAUCAAGACUUCCAACCCCCGCGACAGGAGCACAGACCCUGUCAUGGACAACAAGUUCCUCUUCCGAAACCUCAUGAAUGGUCUUAAGAACACCUUUUACCAGCUCCGCACUUGCAAUGUGGCCACUUCGGUCGAUCUGGCUACGGCUCCCGCCCACUGGCAAGAGGUCUCCUACGGCUUCACUGCCGAGGAGGUCAACAUCAUUGUCAAGCUCUUCCGCGAGGGCGCUUAUGUGUUCCGCUACUACGAGAUCGAGAAGCCUACUUCGGAAUCCCAGUACGCAUCGCCAGUCGAGUACAUGGCCAACUUCUACAUGGUUUCCAGCAGCAAGGAAGAGAAGGAACUUCUAGAGACGUUCGCUACCGUCUUCCACUGCAUCGACCCGGCCACCUUUCACGAGGUCUUCCAGCGCGAGAUCCCCCACCUCUACGAUAUGAUCUUUGAGCACACGGCCCUCCUGCAUAUUCCUCAGUUCUUCCUGGCCAGCGAGGCUACGUCGCCCAGCUUCUGUGGCAUGCUUCUCCAGUUCCUGAUGGAGCGCAUCGACCAAGUCGGCUCAGCUGAUGUCAAGAAGGCAUCCAUCUUGCUCCGACUUUUCAAGCUGGCCUUCAUGGCCGUCACCCUCUUUGCCGGGCAGAAUGAACAGGUGCUCCUGCCUCACGUUGUCAACAUUGUUACCAAGUCGAUUGAGCUGUCCACCAAGGCUGAGGAACCUAUGAACUACUUCCUCCUCCUUAGGUCGCUUUUCAGGAGUAUUGGCGGUGGCAAGUUCGAGCAGCUCUAUAAGCAGAUCCUGCCUCUUCUCGAGAUGCUGUUGGACGUUCUCAAUAACCUCCUCAUGGCUGCCCGCAAGCCCUCAGAGCGGGAUCUCUAUGUUGAGCUUUGCCUCACUGUACCAGCUCGCCUGAGCCACCUAUUGCCACAUCUUAGCUUUUUGAUGCGCCCCUUAGUCGUCGCCUUGCGCGCGGGCACAGAACUUGUCGGGCAGGGCUUGAGGACUCUGGAACUCUGUGUCGAUAACCUCACUGCCGACUACCUUGACCCUAUCAUGGCCCCUGUGAUCGACGAACUCAUGACAGCGCUGUUCGACCACCUGCGGCCAGCCCCCUACAGCCACUUCCUUUCCCACACAACAAUGCGCAUUCUUGGAAAGCUGGGUGGUCGAAACCGCAAAUUUGUGACGAGUUCCGUACCCCUCAAAUACCGCGAGUAUGCCGACGACCCGUCCAGCUUCGAUGUGAGACUCAUUGGAUCUAAGAAGGAUCGGGCCUUCCCCGCCGAGCUGGGGAUCGACUCUGCGAUUCAGAAGAUCAUGGAGGUGCCUCGGGCUGGAAAGGCCACUCAGCAACGCCGGUACGACCCGUAUUACAAGAAGCAGGCCCUCCAUUUUAUCAAGGCGCAGCUCAAGCUCAGAAUCGGCUUUGACCAGUUACCUGAGGACCUACCGCGGAUCGUUCGACUCCAAGCCCAAGACCUUCUGGCCCGUAAGGCUGACGUCAACUUUGCACCUUUUGAGGUGUCUGAACGCGAGAAGUCUAUCACCAAAAAGGACGAGCAGGACCGGAUUGUCAAGAGGCUUUUCAAGGCCGUUCUCUUCACAGAGUCCAUGCCCGAACUCAAGGAGGAGUCGGAUACCUUCCUCCUCAACGUCUGCCGCCACCUAGCUAUCCUCGAAGUCGGCCGCUCUCUGGUGGAUCUUAGGCGGAACUUUAGUCCCUUUGACCCCAAGGCCGGUGAGGGACCCGUCUGUAUUGACACGCGGACACUGUCCGACGCCCUCGUGGAGUCCCUUGCAUCGGAUCAUCCUGACGUCCGCGAUGCUGCAAAGCGAGCCAUUCGGGAGAUGUACGACUCGACCGCCAUCAUCCUGGGGUCAGAAACCAAUGUUGGACGUCUCCCCUUCUUCAGCCACCUGAGCAGCAUCUUCUGCCACAGCUGCUACGAGGAGGAAUGGUUCACCAAGACGGGAGGAAGUCUGGGAAUCCACUUUCUGCUGACCGAGCUCGAUCUUGGCGAUGCGUGGGUAGCGUCGAAGCAGAUGGAGUUCAUCCGCGCCCUCAUGUACGUCAUCAAGGAUAUGCCGCAGGAUCUUCCUGAAAAGACUAGGCGCCUGGCUCAGACCAGUCUUGAGGUCCUCUUGACGCGCAUUACCAGGGGCAUCAAGAAGGAAGACGUACUCCCCCUCCAGCAACAGCAGGGUCAGCCGCCCCCAAGGCAGCCGCGACCCGCCCAGAUCUGCAUGCAGCUGAACUCUGAGCUGUGCCAUAUGAGCAAGCAUGUUCGCGAGACGGCUAAGAAAUCGCUGGAACUCAUCGCCAAGGCCGCUGGUUGCGAGGUUUGGGAGCUCCUUGAGCCCUAUAAGGAGCGAUUCCUGCAGCCAAUCUACGCCAAGCCCCUGCGUGCCCUUCACUUCCCGACCCAGAUCGGUUACAUCAGCGCCAUGACGUACCAUUUGAGCCUCAAGAGCAACUGGAUUCCCUUUGACGACAAUCUGAACAGGCUGUUGGUGGAAUCCCUGGCCCUUGCGGAUGCUACAGACGAGUCACUCGCCAACAAGCCCGCUGAAUUCCGAACCCAUGAGCAGAUUGUCAGCCUGAGGGUGUCAUGCAUACGUCUCCUGAGCACCGCCAUGGGAUCUGAGGAGUUCACCAACUCUACCACAAAAGCCAAGAUCCUGUCCGUCUUCUUCAAGUGCUUGUACUCGGACUCUAAACCCACAAUUGCAGCUGCCAACGAUGCACUUAAGUCAGCGCUCGUCUUCGGCAGAAAGCUGCCUAAGGAGCUGCUACAGGGCGGCCUCCGACCCGUUCUUCAAAACCUCUCGGAGCCUAAGCGUCUGACAGUCAAUGGCCUGGAGAAUCUUGCGAGGCUCUUGAAGCUUCUCACAAGCUACUUCAAGGUUGAGAUCGGUACCAGGCUUCUCGACCAGAUAGAUUCCAUUGUCGACCCUGGCGCAUGGCAGCCUAUCUCGUUCACCUUCUUCGAGCAGCACCCGCAGAUGAAGGUCAUCACGGCCAUCCUCAACAUCUUCCACCUGCUGCCUGCGCAAGCUGAGACGUUCAAGGAACUACUCAUCGACCGGUUCCUUGGCCUUGAGGAGAGGCUCCGCAGGACUCACCUGAGCCCAUUCCGACUCCCCGUAUACCGAUAUAUGAAUCGGUAUUCCAAGGAGAUAUGGACCUUCCUGCUUGGCAGGCUGGACGACCUGAGAUAUGGCCGCUUGCUGAGCCAGGCGCUCAGUCACCCUGACAGUGCCCCGCUUCGCAGUGCCGCGUUUGCCGACAUUGACGGCCUGAUGAACAAGUGCAAGGAAAUCAUAGCUCAGGGAACGGAUACCAAGUUUGUAGCCAUUAUCAACGCAGCACACGUCCUCGACUCGAUGAGCCAGUACUCGAACACGAGCGAGUGGCUGGACAAGAAGGAGAUCAUGACCCUGCUCAAGAGCUUCGGGAAGGACCUCGAAAAGCAUCAGCGCGUCCACACAAUCCCGUCGCACUUGCGUCUGCCUGCGCACCAGGCUUCGGAGCAGCUCAUGUCGCUCUUUGUCAAGUCUCUGGAACGCAACCCCAAGGACUUGGAUGGGCUCCUGAACUUGGUAGAGCUGGUGACAUCUGAAGAGCUCCGCUCCACCCAGAGACUAUUCUCCUUCAUCUACGAAAAGGUCAUCUGCAGCGAGUCGGUCGACUUCUGGAAGAUGGCCUUCCUCCGCUGCUUGGACGUGUACUCGGGCAAGACGGCGUCCAACAAGACCAAGCAUUUCCUGCUCCACAACAUUGCCAACCCCAUUGUUGCCAUGGACGUCAUGCGGACCCGAAAGCAACCCGACCAGAAUAAGGCGCCGAGGUUCAUGGAUCGCUCUGUCAUCGAGGCCGUGAGCACCAAAAUCUGGAAGGUCCAGCCCGAGAUGACGCCGGACGACCAGGCACAGCCGGGUAUCGACCACACCCGGUUCGAGGUGUUGCAGCUGUCUGCGAUGCUUGUCAAGUAUUACCACUCUCCGCUCCAGGAGAUCCGGAAGGACGUCAUCAAGUUUGGCUGGACCUUUAUUCGGCUAGACGAUGUCAUCAACAAGCAUGCCGCCUACGUCGUCAUCGCCUACUUCAUUGUCCAUUACGAGACCCCGCCCAAGAUAGUAUCACAGGUGUACAUGUCUCUUCUCAAGACGAACCAGAACGAGGGACGUGCCCUGGUGACGCAGGCACUGGAGCUCAUCGCACCUGUUCUGCCUAAGAGAUGUGGCCUCGGUCCUAAUGAGAAGGUCCCCGCAUGGGCCAUGGCUCCCCGACGAGUGCUCACCGACGAAGGCUACAACUCCCAGCAGACGAACAGCAUCUUCCAGUUCCUCACCAAGCACCCGGCUCUCUUCUACGAAGCCCGUGAUAAGUACACGGUGUUGACCAUCACCUCCUUGAGGAAGAUUGCUGUGCCGCCCAACCCGUCUCACGAGAGCAGAAAGCUCGCACUGAAUAUGAUGUGGCUCAUCUGGACCUGGGAGCAGUGGAGGGUCGAGGGCAAGCCCGCUUCGGUGGCCGACCCGCGCCCCUUGUCGGAAUCACCGACUGCCAAGAAGAGGAGACUCGACGGCGAGCUGGUGGUGCCGUCGCCUGCACCCUCGACCCAGGCACCAACGCCCGGGAAGCCAGACCAACAGCACCAGACCCAGCCCAUGUUCCGGGCCAAGAUGCUGAAGUACCUGGUCGAGUUCAUUGCUCAGCUCUAUGAGAGAUACGAGCUACCGUCUGCAAAGCCCCGCCCCGAGCUUACGAUGACGCUCCCGAUGCCGGCGCCGGUGACGGAGCUUUGCAAGAAGGCCAUGGCGCUAUUCUACAACCUGGUGCAGCCUCAGUACUGGGGCGACCUCGACCUCGACCUCUUUCCCAACGUGACCGACGUCAUCCUGGCAAGCGAGAAGGCACAGGCCGUCUUGACCACCGAGCCCACCGACAAGAAGCACGACGACAAGUUCCUCACUAACAUCAUCAACACACUGCAGGUCGUACGCAUCAUCCUCAACGCUAAGUCGGACGAGUGGAUCCGCAACAACAUACCCGCCAUCCAGAAAGUGUUGGAGAAGAGCUUGAAGAGUGAGAACCCGGAGAUACAGGACUGCCUUCACUUCGCGGACAAGAAGUACGAUGACGGGCGAGACCUGAGGCCCAUCAUCAAGCGGGUCCUGGAUGCCAUUCCCGAUGACACCCCGAUGGAGGAUGCCGAUGGUGAGGCCGAGCCUGAGACCCAGACGUCCGAAUUCAUUGCAUAUCUGUCUCAGAUCGCGACUGAGGCUAUGAACGCCGGCAACUACAUCUCUGGCGUCAGCAUCCUCUGCUCUAUCGGCCACCGAAAGCCACCCAUCAUUGACCAGCACAUCCCGGCUCUCAUGAAGGCCCUCCAGAGCAAGCACGCCAGGGAGCACGUCCAGCAUUACAGCUUCCUCGCGGCCCAGGCCGGUGGCCUCAAGCCGCAGAGCCAGGAUGAGCUGUCGGCCCACGACCUAGAGAUCCAGACGAGGAUUAUGAUCAAGGAGAUCCAGGCCGUUGCGCUGCGUAUGGAGUACCUGGGCGAUAACAGGCGGCCAUUCCUCAGCGUUCUCGCCACCCUUGUGGAGAAAUCGAUGCAUGUAUCGCUCUGUGAAGAGAUCCUGCACAUGGUGGAAGGUUGGGUAUUCCGGUCGGAGGGAACCUGGCCUACACUUAAGGAGAAGACCGCAGUUCUCCACAAGAUGCUUGCUUUCGAGAACAGGCAAGACCCUGCCAUGAUCACCAAGUUUUUGGAUCUCGUGAUUCGCAUCUACGAGGACCCCAAAAUUGCUCGCACCGAGCUGACAGUGCGUAUGGAGCAUGCCUUCCUCAUUGGAACCAGGGCUACGGAUGUCGAAAUGCGCAAUCGGUUUAUGAGCAUUUUCGACAAGAGCCUCUCCAAGACGGCCAGCGCGCGACUGUCUUAUGUCAUCACCUCUCAGAACUGGGAUACCCUUUCGGAGUCGUACUGGCUCGCACAGGCAUCACAACUCCUUCUGGGUGGAGUGGAGAUGAACAACAACAUCCAGCUCAACGCCGAGGACUUCACGAUGAUAUCGGCAUCUACUCUCGCCAUGGUAUACAAGGAUAAGGAGGCGCGAGAGCCCAGCCAGAUGUCUGACGACAGGUUUGAUGCCUUCAUGGCCAGGCACCGACGCUUCAUGGCCGAGAUUGGCGACGUCAAGGUCAAGGAUGUCGUGGAGCCGCUGAUGCAGCUCCAGCACAUUGACAGCCAGCUGGGGCACCAGCUCUGGGUUGCGCUUUUCCCCAUGUUCUGGUCGGCGACGGCCAAAGAUGAGCGGACGGACCUAGAGAGGGGUAUGGUAGCCUUGCUGACCAAGGACUUCCACAGCCGCCAGCUUGACAAGCGCCCCAACGUGGUGCAGUCGCUCGUGGAGGGCGCGACGAGGACGUGGCCCUCGUGCAAGCUGCCACCUCACGUGUUGAAGUUUGCGGGUAAGACGUAUGACACUUGGUACACGACCAUGGUGCAUCUUGAAAAGUCAGCCAUCAAACCUGUCGUCGACUCUGCCAAGGUUCAGGAGAGCAAUCUUGAUGCGCUUGUUGAGAUGUACGCGAACCUCCAGGAGGAGGAUUUGUUUUACGGGACAUGGCGUCGCCGAAGCGAGUUUGUCGAGACGAACGCGGCACUGUCUUGUGAACAGAACGGCAUGUGGGACAAGGCACAGAAACUGUACGAGAAUGCACAGAUCAAGGCCCGUACCGGUGUCAUUCCCUUCAGCGCGGCCGAGUACACGCUCUGGGAGGACCACUGGGUCCUGUGCGCACAGAAGCUCCAGCAGUGGGACAUCCUGCAGGACUUUGCCAAGCAUGAGAACCUCCAAGACUUGCUCCUCGAAUGUGCGUGGCGCAGCCCCGAUAUGUGGCAGGAGGAGCAACACAGGGAGGCCAUCGACAACAUCAUCAAGGGAGUCAUGGAUGCACCGACCCCUCGACGGGCCUUCUUCCGUGCCUUCAUGACGCUCCUUAAGCUGCACAACAAGCAGGAGACGAGCCUACAGGACUUCCACAACGUGUGCGACGAGGCUAUCCAGCUGUCCAUCAGGAAGUGGCACCAGCUCCCUGUGCGUCUUACCAAUGCGCACGUCCCGCUCCUGCAGAAUUUCCAGCAGCUUGUCGAGCUACAUGAUGCCAGCAUCAUCUGUCAGAGCCUGUCGACGACGACGGCCGCCAACCUGGAUGUGAAGUCGGGCGAGCUCAAGAUCCUGCUUGGGGCCUGGCGCGAUCGACUGCCCAACGUUUGGGACGACAUCACGGCUUGGCAGGAUCUUGUCACCUGGAGGCAGCACAUCUUCAGCCUCAUCAACCAAACAUACCUCGGCCUGCUCCCCCCCCAGGGCCAGCAGAACUCCGGAGGUGCUUCCUCGUUUGCAUACCGCGGCUACCACGAGACGGCGUGGAUCAUCAACAGAUUCGCUCAUGUGGCCAGGAAGCACAACCUACCCGAAGUGUGCAUCAGCCAGCUGAGCCGCAUCUAUACUCUGCCUAACAUUGAGAUUCAAGAGGCCUUCCUCAAGCUCAGGGAGCAGGCCAAGAGUCACUACGAACACCCGGACGAACUGUCGAGCGGGCUGGACGUGAUCAACAACACGAACCUCAAUUACUUUACCGCGCAGCAAAAGGCAGAGUUCUACACGCUCAAGGGCAUGUUCCUCGAGAAGCUUCACCAGAAGGACGAUGCGGAUAAUGCUUUCGGAACGGCCCUGUACUUUGACAUCGGCUCCGGCAAGGCGUGGGCGGAAUGGGGCUACUUCAAUGAGCGGAAGUUCACUGAUGACCCGCAAGACCUGAUGUCGGCCCGCCAAGCGCUUACGUCGUACCUGCAGGCCGCGGGGAGCUACAAGAAUGCCAAGUCACGCAAGGUUCUCUCGCGCAUCCUGUGGCUGCUGAGCUUGGACGAUGCCAAGGGCACCAUCGCUACGGGCUUUGAUGAUGUCAAGGGCGACACGCCAGUCUGGUACUGGAUCACCUUUAUCCCUCAGCUCCUGACGGGCUUGGGCCACAAGGAAGCACCGAGGGUCAGCCAGAUCCUGGCCCAGAUUGCCAAGUCGUACCCCCAGGCUCUGUACCUCCAGCUGAGGACGAAUCGGGAGGACAUGAAUUCGAUCAAGAAAAGCCACGAGGCCAAGGAGAGAGCCAGGGUUCAGUCAGCCGGAGCUAAUGGCCUGCAGCCGAGCGGCUCACCGGCGCAGGUGAAGCAGGAGCCGUCCAAGGCUGACGGCACCAGCUCGUCCCGCCCGGGAACCGCGAACGGAGGGGGCGCCGACGCGCAGGCCAAGAUGGAGGGCCAGGUCAAGGCCGAGGGCAACGAUGCGGAGGCUAACAAUGCCAUGCCGGCCCCGCCCCUCAGCGGCCCCCUCGCGUCGGAGAAGAAGAUGCCCUGGGAGCUGGCUGAGGAGAUCAUGUCGGUUCUCAAGACCGCAUUCCCGCUGCUCGCGCUCUCGAUGGAGACCAUGGUCGACCAGAUCCAGAAGCAUUUCAAGUGCCCGCCGGACGAGGACGCGUAUCGCCUCAUCGUGGCACUGCUCAACGACGCGUUGGCGUACGUGAGCAGAGCUCCGGCUUCCUUUGCCAAGAGUGUCAAGCUGCCGUCGGCGACCGAGAUUAACAUCACUCGCUUCGCCGAGGCGGUCCUCCCUCCACACAUCAAGAAGUCGUUCGAGACGGACUUUGUGAGCGUCAAGCCGACCAUGUACGAGUACAUCCACAAGCUCAGAAGGUGGCGCGACAAGUUUGAGGAGAAGCUGGACCGCCGGAACACGCGCAUCGCUCUCGAGGCCCACUCGCCGCACCUCAGCGAGUUCAAGUACCAGAACUUUGACGAAGUCGAGGUUCCGGGCCAGUACCUGCAGCACCUGGACAAGAACCAGGACUUCAUCCGCAUCGAGCGCUUCCUGCCCAACGUUGACCUGGUGCGGACCAUAAGUGCGUCGUACAGGCGCCUGAGGAUGCGUGGGCACGAUGGCAGCCUCCACUCCUGGGCGGUUCAGCACCCGGCCGGACGUCACUGCCGGCGUGAGGAGCGCAUCUUCCAGCUGUUCCGUGACCUCAACCAGACGCUCAACCGGCGCAAGGAGAGCAGGCGUCGCGACCUACAGUUCACGCUGCCUCUCAUGGUGCCGUUGGCGCCGCACAUCCGCAUGGUGCAGGAGGACAUGUCCAACAUUACGCUCCAAGGCGUGUACGAAGACCACUGCCGGCGCAUGGGAAUGUCCAAGGAUGACCCGGUGCUCUUCACCAUGGAGAAGAUGCGGGGCAUACAAGAGAUGAAGACGGUAUGUGAUGAUGCUGGUGCCGAGGGAAGAAGCGGAGAGACGACGGCUGACGAUGGGACGAUGCUACAGGCCAAGCCCGAGCAGAUGGCAACGGCACGACUCGAGAUAUUCAACGCGAUCCAGGAGAAGUGGGUGCCGCAUACGUUGGUGCUCGAGUACUUCCAGCAUGCGUUCCCCGAGUACGCCGAGUUCUGGCUGUUCCGACGGCAGUUCUCGUACCAGCUGGCGGCGCUGACAUUCAUGACGUACAUUCUGUACAUGCACAACCGGUUCCCGCAGAAGAUGAACAUUGCGCGGACGUCGGGCAAGAUUUGGGGGUCGGAGCCCAUGUCCUUCCUGACGUCGAACCGGCCGCUGCUCCAUAACCCUGAGCCGGUGCCGUUCCGGCUCACGCCGAACCUGCAGACGAUGAUGGGUCCCCUGGCGACGGAGGGCAUCUUUUCCUGCUCGAUGAUGACGAUUGCGCGGGCUCUGACGGAGCCCGAGCACGAGCUCGAGCACGCGUUGACGCUGUUUGUGCGGGACGAGAUGAUAUUCUGGUUCACGAGCAGCCACCGCCACGGCAUCAGCGACACGCAGCUGCGUGACACGGUUCAGAAGAACAGCGACUCCAUCGUCAAGCGAGCCGUCAGCCUGGCUCACAGCCCGUCGGGUAACCUGCCGGCCAACCAGACUGUCAUUGACGCCAUUGCCAAGGCGGUGAAUCCCAUCAACCUGGCACAGGCGGAUGCCUUGUGGAUGCCGUAUCUCUAA